AUGAACUCUCUUGAUUUUAUUGCGGACUCUGUUCAACAUCUGUUUGAACAGACCUCAAUGAAUAUCCUGCCAUCUUCGGGUCUGAACUCAGGAUCUUUGCAGAAUGAAUCUCUUCCAGUGACAUGUUCUUGGGGAUGUUUCGAUGAGGAAGGUUGGGGUCCCAUGUCACCUUACUCUGACCUUACAACCUGUUUUAUCAACGGUGCAUUGAUCAACUUCUCUUCCCUCUUUCUGGUCUUGGUGGGCGGGUACCAGUUAGUUGCACUGAGAAGGUCUAGGACCACGAAUACGAACAUUGAUUGGACGCUACCCCUGAAGCUAGUCUUGAUCAGUUUUCAGAUCAUCCUCAACGUCAACCUAGCGGCUAAUUACUUCUACGAAAGCGUGGACUUCAAGCAUGACAUCAAGUUUGUCACUCCAGUUUUCAGUUCGGUGGCAUUGAUCGUGGCUUUGUUUGCUCAUUACGUUGAGGUCUUCAAGACAAGUGUCCCCCUGGGCUCCCUGCUAUUCUAUUGGUUGUUCACUUUUGUAUCCGGAUGCUUCAACCUGGGAAACCUGAUUGUACGCUCCAAUUAUGCAAACCCCACGUUAGUGACCACCGUUUUCACCAUUGUGAUAGCCCUGAUAUUGUUGAUUUUGGAGUCUGCAUUUCCGAUCAGGCCUGCCUCACCUGCUGGUUAUGAAAUUUUCUAUCCCUUGUCUCCCUUCGAUACAGCUCACGUAUUUUCUCGUAUUACUUUCCAAUGGAUGUCCGGAUUGAUGAAAAAGGGCCAUGAAUCCUUUUUGGGCGAAGAUGAUCUCCCACCCCUUCCUAAGUAUCUAACGGCUAAGAUGACCUCAGAGAAAUUCAAUUACAAUUGGACACAUCAACUCAGGACAAAGAAAGACCAACUCUCUUUAACCUGGGCGCUGGCAAAGUCAUUCGGGGCCCCUUUCUUGGUUGGAGGUAUUUUCAAGGCAUGCCAGGAUAUUCUUGCAUUUACUCAGCCACAGUUGCUGAGAAUUUUGAUCAAGUUUGUAAAUGACUACAACGACGGCAAUGGUACUGUUCCCUUAACCAAAGGCUUCAUGAUUGUUAUAAGUAUGUUUUUGGUCUCUAUUGUGCAAACUGGUUGCUUGCAUCAGUACUUCCAGAGAGCUUUUGACAUGGGAAUGAAGAUCAAGACAGCCUUGACUUCCAGUAUUUACUCCAAAUCUUUAACCUUGUCAAACGAAGAGAAAAGCAAAUAUGCGACCGGUGAUAUUGUCAAUCUCAUGUCAGUCGAUACUCAACGUCUACAAGACCUUGUACAAAACAUUCAGAUCAUUUGGUCGGGCCCUUUUCAGAUAAUCCUGUGUUUGUUUUCUUUGCACGGUCUGGUGGGCAACUCCAUGUGGAUGGGAGUUGUUAUUAUGAUUAUCAUGAUACCUUUGAACGGAGCGCUAGCAAAGUAUCAAAAGAAGUUACAGAAGAUUCAAAUGAAAAAUAAAGACCAGAGAACUCGUAUUGUUUCUGAGAUUUUGAACAACAUCAAGUCUUUAAAACUUUACGGGUGGGAAUCUCCUUAUAAAGAACGAUUGACUUACGUUAGAAAUGAAAAAGAGUUGAAGAAUUUGAAGAAGAUGGGAAUUUUUCAAGCAUUUUCAACGUUCACCUGGAGCUGUGCUCCAUUUUUGGUCAGCUGCUCUACUUUUGCGGUGUUCGUGUUGACUAACAAGAACUCCCCACUAACUACAGAUAUUGUUUUCCCUGCAUUGGCUCUGUUCAACUUGCUUUCUUUUCCACUGGCAGUUAUUCCAAUGGUUAUCACUUCAAUCGUGGAGGCUCAAGUUGCUAUCUCCCGUUUAACUAAAUUUCUGACGGGAAGUGAACUUCAAAAUGACUCUGUUAUACGCCUCCCAAGGUCUAAGAAAGUUGGAGAGACUGUGGUUAGAAUAAAGAGUGGUCAGUUUUUAUGGUGUAGAGAGCCCUAUAAGGUUGCUUUGAAAGAUGUAAACUUUGCAGCCAGAAAGGGGGAGCUCAGUUGUAUUGUUGGCAAAGUUGGUGCUGGUAAAUCUAGUUUGAUUCGAUCAAUUCUGGGUGAUUUGUACAAGUCAGAGGGAACUGUUAUUAUUAGAGGUUCAGUUGCCUAUGUGUCUCAAGUUCCUUGGAUAAUGAAUGGGUCUAUCAAGGAGAAUAUUUUAUUUGGUUGCAAGUACGAGCCUGAAUUCUAUAAGAAGACACUUGAAGCAUGUGCGUUGGAUACUGAUCUGAGCAUUUUAACUGACGGAGAUGCUACUCAGGUUGGUGAAAAAGGUAUAUCUUUGUCAGGCGGGCAAAAGGCUAGACUAUCACUGGCCAGAGCUGUUUACGCAAGAGCAGACGUCUACUUAAUGGAUGAUGUUUUGUCUGCUGUCGAUGAGCAUGUUGGCAAGCACAUAACUACGCAUGUCCUGGGUCCCAGUGGUCUGUUGAGCAGCAAAUGUCGUAUUUUGGCAACUAACAACAUAAACGUACUCAAACACUCUAGCCACGUUUCUCUGAUUCAGGAAGGUUCGAUUAUUGAAGAGGGAAAUUAUCAGACCGUUGUCUCUAACUCUUCCUCCAAGUUAAGCGUUUUAAUUAAGGAGUUUAGCAAAGCAGCAUCUUCGACAGAUAAUAGUGGCACCAAUUCGACUGCUGAAGUCACGCCAGUGCCGUCGCAACUGGGAAUUUCAAAAUCUGUUUCUGACACAGUUAGUUUGAGGAGAGCUAGUUUAGAAUCGUUUUCCAAAUCUACAUCCAACAAUUUAGAUGAAGAAAGCAAACAAAAGAUAAACAAGGAACAUCAUGAGCAAGGCCAAGUGAAGUUUAACGUUUACAAAGUUUACGCAAAUGCUUGCAACCCAAAGGCUGUUUGCUUCUUGCUGUUCCUCAUUAUCCUUGCAAUGUUUACUAGUGUCCUUGGAAAUAUUUGGCUGAAGCAUUGGUCUGAAGUGAACACUGAGUAUGGUGGCAACCCGAACAUUGCACUAUACUUAGGAAUCUACUUUGCUUUGGGAAUUGCUUCUUCUCUUCUCUCCCUGCUAAAGACCGCUAUGCAGUGGAUCUACUGCACAAUCUCUGGAUCCAAGUAUCUCCACAAAACGAUGACUGACAGUGUUUUCAGAGCUCCUAUGGAGUUUUUUGAGACAACCCCUAUUGGUCGUAUCUUGAACCGUUUCUCAAGUGAUAUUUACAAAGUGGAUGAGAUACUCGGUAGAGUUUUCGAACAAUUUUUCACUAAUGCCGUCAAAGUAUUUUUUACAGUAGCCGUGAUUUGCUACUCUACAUGGCAGUUUAUUUUCAUGAUUCUACCAAUUCUUAUGCUGUAUGUUUACUACCAGCAAUAUUAUUUGAGAACAUCUAGAGAAUUGAGAAGACUAGAUUCCGUUUCAAGAUCUCCAAUUUUUGCCCAUUUCCAAGAAACAUUGACAGGAACUUCUACCAUUAGAGCCUACAACCAAUUGGAUAGAUUCAGAUACAUGAACCAAUCUAAGGUUGAUUUUAAUAUUAGUGCCUAUCACCCAGCUAUCAGUGCUAACAGAUGGUUGGCUGUUCGUUUGGAAUUCUUAGGAUCAGUUAUCAUUCUUGGAGCAUCCGGUCUUUCUAUUUUUACCUUAAAGUCUGGCGGUAUUACUGCUGGUAUGGUUGGUCUUUCGGUCAGUUAUGCUUUGCAAAUAACUCAGUCUUUAAAUUGGAUUGUAAGAAUGACCGUUGAAGUUGAAACAAAUAUUGUGUCUGUGGAGCGUAUUAUAGAAUACUCCACUUUGAAAUCAGAGGCUCCAGCUAUCAUUGAGGACAAUAGACCACCCAAAGAUUGGCCUUUUGAAGGAAAGAUUGAAUUCAAGAACUAUUCUACUAGAUACAGAGAAGGACUAGACUUGGUUCUGAAAGACAUUAAUGUUUCCAUAAAUCCGAAGGAGAAAAUUGGAAUUGUUGGAAGAACUGGUGCUGGAAAAUCGUCUUUGACGCUUGCCCUUUUUAGAAUAAUUGAAGCUGCCCAAGGUAGUAUUUGGAUCGAUGGAAUUGAUACCAGCAAGAUUGGUCUGGAAGAUUUGAGACAUAAGUUAUCUAUUAUUCCCCAAGAUUCCCAGGUAUUUGCAGGAACUUUGAGAGAAAAUCUUGACCCUACGAAUCAGUAUAGUGAUGACGAGAUUUGGAAAGCUAUAGAGCUGGCACAUUUGAAGCCUUUGGUGAUAUCCAUGGCCGAAGGCGAUGCUACAGGGUUAGAAGUCCGUCUUGCUGAAGGUGGAUCUAAUUUAUCAGUCGGUCAAAGACAAUUGAUUUGCCUUGCUCGUGCCCUCUUGAUCAAGUCUCACAUUUUGGUCCUGGACGAGGCUACUGCUGCCGUUGAUGUAGAAACUGAUCAAGUUUUGCAAGAAACUAUCCGAAAAGAGUUUAAAGACCGAACCAUUUUGACCAUUGCCCAUAGGUUGAACACUAUUAUGGACAGUGACAGAAUCAUAGUUCUAGACAAUGGUAGAAUUGCUGAAUUUGAUACUCCAGCAAAUCUGCUUAAGAACAAAGAAUCUCUGUUCUACUCUCUAUCUUCGGAAGGAGGGACGAUAGAGUAA